ACGAAAAACACAAAUUUCAGACAAGAAACGUCAUUUUCGUGAUUUGUAGGUCUCCGGUCCGUCACUGUCAAAUAAAAUUUCAUCUGAGGAUUGUCAAAAUCUCACCGAAAAUCGCAAAUUUUCAUCAAAUUAUCGUGUGAUAACUCGUUUCAACCGCAAAAACCACUUAUCUAAUCAUCGAAGAUGUCGGGCAGCAAACCGGGAAUUUUCCAAUCCUUAUCAAAUCUCUACAAUCACGAGUUCAAAUGGGGUCUCAUCAAGUCGACCGCGAUGUUCCUCGUCGGAGUCAAGAUUGCCCAAGAGUGUGUUGGUUUGGAGCUUAUGCCGUCGCACGCCUAAAAAGUUUCCCGUAUCCGCCUGAAAAAAAAGUUUCAUAGCGAUUAAGUGCAGUUUCAAUGUUAAAAAAGCCAUAAAAUAAUCCAAAAAAACUGAAAAUAAAGACAAAUUGAAUAAAAAUAGAAAAAAAAAUCUGAAAAAAUAAAUUAAAAAUGAUAAAAGUGUUAUCAAUUCUCGUAGUUGCAAUGCUUUGCAUGGGCGUUGAGAGUUCAAGGUCGAAGCCGAAUUUUGUCAUUAUUAUGACCGAUGACCAGGAUAUCGUUCUGAAUGGCAUGACACCCAUGAAAAAGACCCAAAAGUUGAUUGCGAAACAAGGAAUUACAUUUACUAAUGCGUUCACAUCCUCACCGAUUUGUUGUCCCUCGAGAGCAUCUUUCCUCACUGGAGCCUUCGCCCACAACCAUCGAACGACAAAUAAUUCCGCCCAUGGAGGUUGUUACGGCGAAUUUUGGCGCCAAUUGGAGUCUUUUGCCACUUUUCCAACUUUACUCAAGGCAAACGGGUAUCGCAACUUCUAUGCCGGCAAAUAUUUGAACGAAUUCACCGCGAAAUCUCCUGUUCCCGCGGGUUACGAUGCAUUUUUCGGUCUCGAUGGCAAUUCCAAGUAUUACGAUUACAAGUUGAACGAAAAUGGAGUAGUGAAAAAGUACAAGCGGGAAUAUUUGACAGACGUUUUGCUGCAACGCGCUUUGAGUUUCAUCGACGAUCAAACAAAUUCGACCGAAAAUGGACCUUUUAUGAUGAUAAUUGCACCGCCGGCAGCUCAUGCGCCAUUUAUUGCUGCCGAUAAAUACUUGGAUCGGUUCCCGGAUGAAAAAGCUCCGCGAACUGAGAACUUCAACAAGCAGAGUGAGGAUAAACAUUGGUUACUGACGAUGCCCCCGACGGAACUUUCGAACGACACAAUUGAGAAAAUUGACGAAAUUUACAGGAAACGAUGGCAAACUUUGCUUUCUGUUGACGAUUUGGUCGAAGGAGUUGUCAAGUCGCUCGAUGAAAAAGGAUUUUUGAAGGAUACUUACGUUUUUUACACGAGCGAUAAUGGUUAUCAUCUCGGUCAACAUGGUCAAGCAUGGGACAAAAGACAACCUUAUGAGACAGAUAUCCGCGUUCCGUUGCUCGUGCGUGGUCCAAAUGUCCCCAAAAAGGCAGUUUCGAACGAUCUCGUGGCUUUGCUCGAUAUUGCGCCGACUCUUCUUGAGCUUUCCGAUGCUCCAAGUGCCGGAAAUGUCUUCGACGGAGUCUCGUUCGCCGCAAGUUUGAAUAAAAAUCCGAAAAAUCCGGUGAAAAAACGCACAAAACUCCUCAUCGAGUACUGGGGAGAGGAAAAUGACGCGGAUUUUACGCCAGAUUGCCCCUGGACUGCUCACGAUCGAUUGAUGGGAUGCGAAAAGGCGGCAAGUUGUCAUUGUCAGGACUCGUGGAACAACACGUACAGCUGCAUUCGGCACAUCGAGGAACAGCACACGGAUUAUUUGUAUUGCGAAUUUAAGGAUACGGAAAAUUUUGUCGAAGCGUACAAUUUGUUGGAGGAUCCGCAUGAAAUGACGAAUAUUGGAUACACGGAGAUACCGUCGAUUCGGGCGCAAUAUCAACUGUGGAUUGAGGAUAUGAAGAAAUGUCAAGGACAGAAUUGUGUCAGUUAAAGAAAAAAGAUCAAUUUAAUAGCAAUUAUUUGGAUGUAGUU